AUGGCACAAAGAGUACUCCGUCCGGCGAGGGAAAACCGCAUGCAUCAAGCGGUUCGAUCUGUCUUUAUCAAGUGGCUGUCUGAGCUGGGUGACUGGCUGAUGGAUUAUAGCCUGGUUGUCGAUGAAGAGAUGUUUAUCAAUGGGUCGUUCCAUGACGUUGAACUCGGCCUUCUUCCCAUCGGGUCUCUCACCCCCCUUUGCGUGGUCAAAAUCGCGUUUAACGAGCCAAGGGAGAAGUGGCGACAGGAUACGGCAGGAUUGGUUUGCGGAGCCGAAAACGAGUGCAGAAUUCUUGUUGUCGUGGAAAUCUGUGAAGAGCCAGAUGAGAACAGGCCACCCCCGCCGGAACAGGAAUUGUGGAGCUCUCUUCCCUUCAUGCACAGACACAACGUCGGCCAAUUGGCAGCGACCAUCCAGGCGUUUUGCAUACGCAAGGAAUACUACCUCAGCGGCCGCUUCACGUGCAAGGUUCACCUACAAUGUUUGCGUUGGCACGAGCCAGAGCUGCUGUGGGAGUGCGAGAUGACUAGGGAAGAGGUCAUUUCGCACACCGAAGAAGACGAAGACAUGUACCCCAACUGGCGAAAUAUCCUUUUGCCCGAGUGGGAUGUGAAAGGCGAGGAGAUCCUGCUCCCGUUUGAAGAGCUGUUGGAAGCCAUGUGGGAUUGCAUCGAAGGGUACGACAACAUGGUCGCGCUGCGGAUGGCUGGGGUCAGGAAAGGAGCGUUGGAACCAGCAGUGGAGGAGUGCCAGGACUGCAGGCUCUGCGAGCGCCACAUCGAGCCUCUUAACCGGCUCCAGAACAUGUAUGAGAGAGAGGCCGCGGCGAAACAAGCGGAAGAGAUGAAGCGCAAGGCUGAAAAAGCCAGAAAGGACAAAGCAAGGUUGCUCUGGAAAAGACCCAAAAGGAGCGAUACCGUUACACGACAGCAGCGGGAUGUGGCCGAGCCGCUGUGUCAAGAUGAGAAUGGACAGCACAGUGUGGAAGAAAUGAGCGUCGCAGGGGUGGAUGAUAUCGAUGAGGAUACGGAAGAGGACGAGACUGGAGGAGACGAAGGGAGUGAAUACGAAGAUGAUGGUGACCAAGACACGGAUAUGAGUUCAGAUUAG